UGAUAUUCCUGUUCCUCCAUUACUUUAAGACAAAUUGUAAAAACUUCAGCGAUCUUCCACAAGCCAGGGUGUUUAAAUAAAGUUUUGGCAUUCAAACAAAAUGAGCUAAUUUACUUCCUGGUUUCGCUUUUGCUCAGCGAUUGUUAGGAGGAAGCUGAAGCAGUAUUUCGGAUAUACCUCUGCCACGUCAGAUUGUACACACCACCGGGGCAAAUAACAAAAAAACACCACAGCUGCUCCGCUUCCAGGGGUUUUAACUGACAGCGUGCGUGUGUGUGGAGCUUACAAGCUCUUCUCUACCCAAAGCUGUAGGUCGCAGGCACGCUAAUGCUAGCUGGCUAACAGGAAGACACAAGCUGAAGUCUUUUAUUUAUCCGUAUAAAAUAUAUAUAUAUAUAUUUAGUAUUUUAUUUUAUUUGGUCCUUCGUUCGAGUCAGGAUGGAAGGGAAAUACAACCUGAAGAGCCCGGCGGUGAAGAGACUGAUGAAGGAAGCAGCCGAACUGCGAGAUCCCACAGAGCACUACCAUGCCCAGCCUCUAGAGGAUAAUCUGUUCGAGUGGCAUUUCUCAGUGCGCGGGCCUCCAGACUCUGACUUCGAUGGAGGGAUAUACCACGGCCGCAUCGUUCUUCCUCCCGAGUACCCAAUGAAGCCCCCGAGCAUCAUCCUCCUCACUCCUAACGGGAGGUUUGAAGUCGGGAAGAAGAUCUGCCUGAGCAUAUCUGGCCACCAUCCUGAGACCUGGCAACCUUCCUGGAGCAUCCGGACAGCUUUAAUAGCGAUUAUUGGGUUCAUGCCGACUAAAGGAGAGGGGGCCAUAGGAUCACUGGAUUACACUCCAGAAGAAAGGAAAGCCCUGGCCAAAAAGUCUCAGGACUUCUGCUGCGAGAUGUGUGGUUGCUCCAUGCGUACAGCUCUGCUGGCGCUGACUCCAGAGAGCGAACGCCAACCCGUGGACCCUCAGGCUCAGCAACUAGCACAGCAGAUCAGCUUUAAGGCCGAGACUAGUACGUCGUCAACUGCCAGCGAGAGUAAAGAGCCGGCGAGCGCUAGCCAGCAGGACCCGGGUGCCGCGUCAGAGGUCCAGGACAGCGAUGCUACGGCUCAGGCUGAACAGGCCGAGCCGGCGUCCGAAUCCGUCUCCGCUCCCGCUCCCACUGCGCCCAGCUCCCGGCCCCUCAGCCCUCGACAGCGGCGCACUCAGAACCGGAACCAAAACCAGCCCCAGCGUCGGCCCGCGUUUCCAACAUUCCCCGCAGCAGCCCAACAAGACGCCAGCCACACAGGCUCGGCCGUCCUCAUCGUCCUGCUCACGCUGGCUCUCGCAGCACUCGUCUUCCGCAGGAUCUACCUGGCCCAGGACUACAAGUUCGACUUCGAGCUCUGACCGGCAUGAGAUAACAAAAAACAACACUUGCGCUACGACUAAAACUGCCGCUAACCUCUACCACCUCCCAGCUGCCACCUAUGUCCUCAGCAAUGCCACUCAUACCAAAGCAGAAGGGCAGCAAAAACUUUAGAAAAGCGACAAGUAUCUGCUAUAUUUAGACAAACGUGUUGGAAAUGCAUGAAAGACUGGAACUUCCUGUUCAGGCGUUACGGUUUUCCCGGGGCACAUUGCGCUUCACCUAAUCGGUCCAAUCCAAUUUUGUUUCAAGUUCUAUUUUUAUUUAUUAGAUUUACUCGAAGAGAGACUCGACCCGAAUCUCGAUCGAUUUUAACCGGCGUUAACAAACCGCUUACAAAUUUUUUAGGUCGGUUUGGCCUACAAAAAACUUGAUUUAUGAUGGAUGAACAAGGCCCAAUAUAUUGUCGAUUACCCAAUCUGGCUCUUUUUUUUUUUUUUAUUCAGAAUUCUGUUUGCAUUGCUUAUGGCUCGAUUGUUUCACUGCAGUUGUAUGUAGUAAAUGAUUUGGAAAAUGAUCAUUAUUUUUAAAAUAUUAAAUCAGCAAGUCAGGUAACUAUAACUUCGAAGCAGGUUUCCGAUACCUUGAAUUAUCGUGCUCGAAGUUACGAGGUCAGGAACUGCUUGAUGGCAGCGGCAGAGUCUGUUGCUGGAUUUUUCUCUACCACACAAUGUCCGAUUUUAUCAUUUAUGUUGGGUAAAAAAAAAAAUGUGGCCUGUGUUUUUACCUAUAAAUUUGCCUAAAGGUCAGACAUACAUAUUUUAAUUCACAUUCAUACUCGUGCGUCGUGAGGUGAGGGGGCGGGGCUUCUCAUAUAGGAGAGUUUAGUACACAUUUGCAAAUCAUUCCAAAUUGAUCAACUGAACAACUCAUGUCCUGUUUUACUGCUUUUACGGGGUGCUUUCAUUUGGAUUGGCAACCCUAACGACGCACUUUGUUUUUUUUAUGAGAUCGCCGGACAAAUUGAGAAAAAAGUGCGGAAAACCGCUGAAGGAAUAUAAUCCGGCAGAGCAUUGCAGCGUGGGUGGGGUUUUAUCAGGGCUGCGGGGGGGGCGGAGUUUUCUAAUGCAAGUCAGCCACUAACGAAUACAAUUAUUGUUGGAAGAGACAUAGCUUCUGUUACAGUACACACACACACACACACACACACACACACACACACACACACAAUAGAUACAAAAAAAUACUGGUUUCUAGCAAUAUUGCAUUCCUGUAGAUAGAUUUUUUUUUUUUUUUUAUGUCCAGUUUGAAAAAGAUAAUAUAUGUUAUGAUCUGUAAACACGAUCAGCUGCAUGUGCUUUCGAUCGGGUAAAAAAACAAAACGAAAAUAAAAAAUACACUUUUA